AUGGAAAUAGUGCCACAGGUUAAGGCGGCGGAGGACGUAAUUGAGCCAGUGGUGAUCUCACAGGAGGAAACUGCUGAAAAUGUGCUGUCUAAAUCGUACUCCACCAGGUCUAAAGAGGUGACCAUAUCCAAAUCUGCAGCUAAGCAAAGGAAGGACAACGUUGUUAUCCACCCGAGAUUGAAGCCUGUCCCAUUUAAGGCACUGGACUUGCACGCCUCCAAGGGUGCUCCCUCGAAAAGUCAGGUCAUCGUGGAGAAAGGCAUCACUUUUUACAACUCCGAAGACCACCCUCUUAACAAGAGAGGCUACAAGUACAAGCCAUGCUCCGCAAAUCCGAGCUUCCCUUCCAACUUAUAUUCCACUACCGAGAUCCUCCCGUUCAAGGUGUGCCCCUCUUACUUUGACCGGGCGUCGGGUAUCAUAUUCAACGACUCAAUGGACUGUGUUUCUACUUUAGAUGGGUGGAGAUCCAUCAGGACCAACAUCGGAAUGCGCGAGGGCUCUCACUACAUGGAGUUCAACAUUAUCAAUGCCAAUAACGGAUCCGAUAGGAGCCAUGUCAGGGUUGGAAUUGCGAGAAGAGAGGCAUCGUUGGAGGCUCCUGUGGGAUUUGACGGGUACGGGUAUGGGAUCAGAGAUGUGAAUGGACAGAAGAUUACUUUGAGUAGACCGAAAGAGUUCAUGAAGAAGGGUCCAGACGAGAAAACGAAGGACGUUGGUUUCAGAAGCGGUGACGUGAUCGGCAUGUAUGUAGAAUUACCCUCAUUGGAAGAGCACCGGAGGCACGUGGAGCAAUUCGUUAGAUCUAAGCGAGAAGUUCUACAGACAAAGACAGCCACUCUGGACCAGAACCAGGCCACGCUGUUACCUAGCACGCCGACUGAAGCCGCCAGUGGGAAGGCAAAAAAAAGAAGAAUAAACUCCAAAAAGGACGUUGAUUUGGACAACUCCAACUUCCAAAACUACAAUAACAUUCUUCGAGACCAAAUCCCUAUCAAAUAUAAAUCGUCUCUUUACUAUGAACAGUACGAAUACUCAACCACGAAGAAGAUGGACCAUUUGCUCAAUCCUGUGACGGUAUUUGGGGAGAGAGCAAUCUUGGAGAAGAACCACAACGAACUCGGCGAUAUCUUGCCCACAAUCCCCAACUCUAAAAUUAUCGUUUACAAGAAUGGCGAGUGCAUCGGAGAGAUGUUUGAAAACUUGUAUUCGUUCUUACCUGCGGAAAUAGGUGGCGAUGAUGAGAACAAUUUGAAGCAGAUGCAAAACCCUGCGUAUAGGAAUACUGAUGACGGAUCCUUGGGGUACUACCCAAUGAUUUCCGUUUAUCAAAAGGGAAUGGUUGAGUUCAAUGCAGGGCCAAGCUUCAAAUAUCCACCGCAGCUCCCAGAUAACCUGUCACCCAAACCAAUAAAUUCGAGAUACGCUGAGCAUGUUGUUGAGGAAUGGCUAUGGGAUGUUAUAGACGAAGUGGAAGCUGAGUAUUUAGAUAGUUAUGACGAAUAG